UCGUUCGUCGGGUCCGUACCUCCGCAGAAUGGGUUUCGGAGCCAAGCAGCAGGGUGGCCUUGAGCACGACGGAGUUUUUUGCAUUGAAACAGGGAAAUCGAAGAAGAAGCUGCAGAGCCAUGGCGCCGACUCCGCGAUCGGCAGUGGUGUCACGAACCAGCAAUGCCAAAGAUCAGACUAAGAAGGUCGAUGAUGCCGACGAGGUUCCGGCUUACAGUCAGGAGAAUGUUCAGCUUAACAUGCGCAUGAUCUACUAUAGCCGCACGUUUUUGUCCAUCGUGGGAGGUGUUAUUGCAGGAGUGCUUGGGUUGACUGGAAUUUCUGGUUUCCUAUGCUACUUUUUGAUUAUGAUGCUUGCAUCGGUUGGAGUUGCUGCCAAAGCAAAGUUUGAUGUGCACUCGUACUUCGAUUCAUGGAACCGCAUUCUCUUUGAUGGCAUUGGGCAAGGCUUGCUAUCAUUCAUUCUAUUCUGGACAUUUGCAUAUGACAUUGUACACAUUUUUUAAGACCUGUUUUAGCGGUGGACCUAAGGGAGGAGAAGUGGGCGUGCAUGGCACUCGCAACAGGGUUGUAAAGCAUUUUCUGAUGCCAGAUUUCCAGUCAGCAUGAAAAAGAGCAAAGAACUGUGGUUUUUGCUAUACCCCCAAAAAUGCAUCUGCAAAGUAGAGGCCUACGUUUAGCGAGACGAGUGAUAACUUCUAAAAUAUUGCACUUGGUCACCGUGGCAAGUUGCAAGAUAUUAUAUUGUAGAGCAUUCUCUUAUUGUUAUUCAUGAAGCUUAAGAUGGAAUCCGUUGCCUUCUUGUCUCUUACAUCAUGUUUAUUUAGCUUACCUGAGUUGUAUACCUAAGUUUGAUUGACAAUAAGUUUUUGUCAACUUUCAAUGGGGAUUGUGGUACAGGCUCUGCCUUUUCCUUGGGUA